UCUAUUUCAUUAUUCUCUUCUCUUUUGUCUAUUUUGCUCUGCGCUAAGUUUUGAACUGAUCGACAAACAAACAUGGGUGGUGGUAAGGAUAAGCAUCAAGGUGGUGGCAGUGGUGAAGAAACUGACAAGGGCCUUUUCGGUAGUCUUUUACACGGCGUUGCCGGAGGACAGCAUGGCUACCCACCUCAACAACAUGGCUACCCUCCACAGGGGUAUCCACCGCAACAGGGAUACCCUCCACAGGGCUAUCCACCGCAGCAGGGUGGAUAUCCCCCACAAGGGUACCCGCCAGCUGGGUACCCGCCGCAGCAGGGCUACGCUCCACAAGGGUACCCGCCCGCCGCUCACGGCGGUCAUUCUGGAGGAGGCCAUGGUAUGGGGGGAAUACUAGCAGGGGGUGCAGCUGCUGCUGCAGCCGCAUACGGCGCUCACCAAUUGACAGGCCAUCAUGGUCAAGGCUCUCACCAAGUCUCCCAUGGCGGCUACUAUCCAUCUCACGGCAUGCCAGGGUUCGGGGGGCACGGCAAGGUUAAGCAUGGUAAAUUCGGGAAGCAUGGGGGCAAGCACGGCAAGUUUGGGAAGCACGGGAAGCACGGUGGAGGCAAGUUCAAGAAGUGGAAGUAAGGGGCACGAUCCUGACCCGCAGCUCAACUGGAUGCUGAUUUAGAACUCUAUAGACCUUAGAUAAAUAAACAAAACUAUGAACUACAUUAUGCUGGUCUGUAGUUGAUGUUGGCUGUUAAUUUCAGAAUCUUUGGGUUUUGCAUUAUUUGCAAAUAUCCCAUUCCCCUUUAGACUUUAAUUCUAUGGUGCUGCUUGACUGAGUAUAUAUCUCUAUCAGGGAAUAUCAUUAUCGUUUCCGCUUGUAGAGUUGUAAUGCACUAUGCUUCUAUGCCUUAUACAGAUUCUGUUCUGGGGGUUAGUGGAGCCUUCUGACUUUCUAUUAUAUCGUGAUUCUGGUGUGACCUUGAACACUGGGUGCUACUUCUUUU